AUGAAUGAAGGUGAGAAGAUCGACUUGUCAAAAGGGAAAGUGAUUGGGAAUGGCGGCUUUGGGAUGGUUCAUCUUUUUGAGCAAAAUAACCCAUCUUACGUGGUGAAGGUGAUACCUUGUGUUGAUGAGAAACGAGUACGGUAUUACGAACAGGAAUGGGCAGCAAUGACAAGCCUCAAACAUACAAACAUCGUUCGAGCAUUUCGAACGGCUGCACUUCCCCACGAUAAUCAUCCAAUGUUCGCUAUUGUCAUGGAAUAUUGUCUAUAUGGGUCUCUGGAAAAAAUUGUUUUUGGCUCAAGAUGGGUUUACACAAUGAGAACGGUCACUUGUUGGGCCGAACAAAUAUUUGGAGCUCUGGAAUAUCUCCAUGGAACACACGGAAUUCAUCGAGAUAUCAAACCACAAAACAUCUUGGUGAGCGAAGAUUUCACGUUGAAACUCGGGGACUUUGGUUGUGUGAAGGAGACACGAAGAGUCUGGAGUACAAUCGAGCAAUACCGAGCAACUAAUGGAGGAUUUAACUUAGAAGUAUUCUCCAAUGAUGUUAAGAAGAAAAAAUUGAAAAAUGUUCAACCACCUCCUCUGUGUGGCUCGGAAAUCAAGAAGAUCGUGGAGGAAUGCACGCGUUUUAAGCAGAGCAGCCGACCGACGGCUAGCGAUGUUUAUCAGCAAUUGCGUGCGUUGAAUGAGAUGGCCUCGCCCCAUUUCUUUGCCCCGAAGCCUGUUGAUAAUCAAAGCGUCUGUAUUCGACCGAUCGGGUUCAACGAUGGAAUCGACAAAGUCGCAAUAGAUGAACACGAGGGUUUGACUCCACCACCCAUUUCCACGUUCAGCGUCUACCCACAGCAAGCUGAAGUUGUGCCAAUGCUAGAAGAAGCUGUUAUGAAGGACAAAAUCUACAGGAGGAUCGUUUAUUUUUUUAUUCUAGCCUUUGCUCUGUUAUUGAUCCUGGGUCUCGCCAUAUCUAGGAGUACGAGCUCGUCAAAUGAUGCCAGCGAGCACCUGGAAGAAAGACCAAUCUAUGCACCACUUACCACCACAUUGAGCCCAUUUGAAGCUGGAGACUUUGAGGAUGAAGAUAGAGACUUCGAGGAUGAAUAUUUCGAUGAGGAAAGACCCUCUACUACACAACGGCCAAUCUACAGAAGUAGUCGACCGACAAUUCGACCCAGCUUCACCAGAAAUCCCUUUCAACCUGAUGAUCUCUGUUGCCCUAAUCGAUGUGUGAACAAUUGUGACGCGCCGGGUUGCCGAUUUUGGUGUAGCUUUCCUGUAAAUUGUUGU